AUGUCUAUCAAACGGGCCCUCUCCAAAGCGAUCAAGGGCCAUAUCGGUGACGACGAUUCGUCCGGCUCUGGUAUCGGGAUUCGUUCCACUAUGUCGCCCAAGGCGCGCACCUCCACCUCGCGCGAGUCCCAUGGGCACUCCCCAACCUCCCCUCGCCGCAGCAUCCUGGGCAAUUUCCUCCGCGAAAAGGACUAUAUCUCCUCCUCCGAAGACUUCUCCGAUGACUCGUCGAAUGGCGCGCUCAGCAAGAACCAACAGAAGCGGUUGGUGCGUCAGCAGCGUCGCUCGGAGAGAAGCCGCCUCAGUGAGGAGCAAUUCUCCGAGUCGGAGCACCACCGCAAGGAGGAGGAGCUUGCGAGGGCGGCAGAGGAGGAAACAGCAGAGAUGAAGGCCAGGUAUGGUGAGCUUCCUCUGAUGCAGUCGCAGGACCGACUCCAUGAGGAGCGUCUCCGCCUGGACCAUAUUACUCCCGACAUGCUUGUCUUCCUGGUCUUCCGCCAGCAGCUAGAGACCUUCCAGGGCGUGCUCCACGAGCGCGCUGGAGUCUCAUCUGUGGUGAUGAUUCAAUGGGCAGAGCACCUGCGCGUGGGUUCGUUCGUUCGCGUCCGUGGUACCAUCCGGAAGCCUGAGGUCCCCGUCCUCGGCUGCAGCAUUCACAAUGUCGAGCUCUCGAUUGAGUCUCUGCAUCUCCUUGUGAGGCGCGAGGAGCCCGUGCCAUUUAGCGUGUACGAGGCGGAGAUCCGCACGAACGAGGAGGACAAGGCCGAAGGCCGUCGCAGCCACAUCCCCGAUCGUACCCGUCUGGCUAACCGUCUACUUGACCUGCGCACAGCAACCUCGCAGUCCAUCUUCCGUCUUCAAUCCGCAACUUGUAAUCUAUUCCGCAGCGCCCUCGACGAGCGCGAGUUCAUCGAGAUCCAUACUCCCAAGCUUCAGGGAGCUGCCACGGAAUCUGGAGCUAGUGUGUUCCAGGUCAACUAUUUCGGUCGCCCUGCCUUCCUAGCCCAGUCCCCUCAGCUUGCGAAGCAGAUGGCAAUCGCCGCGGACUUUGGUCGCGUCUACGAGAUUGGUGCUGUCUUCCGGGCCGAAAACUCCAACACUCAUCGUCACUUGACCGAGUACACGGGUCUGGACAUUGAAAUGGCUAUCGAAGAGCACUAUCACGAGAUGCUGGAGACCCUGGAUGCAGUCAUCAAGAAUAUUCUGAGCGGCAUCUAUACCAAGCAUCGCAAGGAAAUCGACCUGGUCAAACAUCAAUUCCCCUCGGAGGAUGUGAAAUGGUUGGAGAAAACCCCUAUCAUCCGCUUCGCGGACGGCAUCCAAAUGCUGAAUGACUCGGGUUGGCGGGAUGAGGAUGGUAACCCGCUUCCCCUCGAUGAGGAUCUGGCGACCCGCGAUGAAAUUCGUCUAGGACAACUAGUCAAGGAGAAAUACGACACCGACUACUAUGUCCUCGACAAAUUUCCUCGGGGCGCUCGUCCCUUCUACACCAUGCCGGAUCCAGAGGACGACAAGUACACGAAUUCAUUUGACAUGUUCAUUCGUGGCCAGGAGAUCGUGUCAGGUGGCCAGCGCAUACACGAUCCACAUAUGCUCGAGGAGAAUAUGCGCCGAGUUGGUAUUAAUCCUGAUGACAUGGAGGAUUAUGUGGAAGCAUUCCGCUGGGGCGCUCCGCCCCAUGCGGGUGCCGGUGUUGGCCUGGAGCGUUUGCUCAUGCUUCUUCUCCAAGUGGGCAACAUUCGUCUCACUUCGCUCUUCCACCGCGACCCCAAGAGUCUACCUGCAAAGGCUCCGGCACAGACGCUUCGCCACCCUGAAGCCUCGACUAUUGAGCCGCCAUGGCAUCACGAGACGCCUUCCCGACGGGUGGCCAUGGAUACCAGUGAGCUACAGCCGUUGGAGAAGCUGGUUGCUAACUAUGGUGAUGCCACCUCGACCUCUUGGUUCGAUGAUCGAUUCAAGAUUUGGCGUGACAUGAGCACUGGCGCUGCCGUCGCAUACGUACCCAGCACCCACAACUAUGCCAUCAUUCCCGGUAACCCCGCUUGCGAUCCUUCUCAGUACACGCGCACCAUUACCCAAUUCUUACAGUGGAUGCGUCGUGAGACCAAGUUUAAGCCUGUCUGGAUUCUUUGCUCUCCUGACAUUGAGACUAUUCUUGGAGAGCGACUUGGAUGGCGCAGCUUGUCUUGUAUUGCUGAGGAGCGGGUGGAGCCCUCUCGCAACAAGGCUGCAUCGGACGGCGAGAUCGCCCGUAAGCUGCGCCGUGCUGAGUCCGAAGGCAUCAAGGUGGUGUCCCUGAGUCAAGGCGAGAUGCCAUCAGAGGAUGUGCGGAAGAAUAUUGAUGAACGUAUUCACGAAUGGCUGGCCAAUCGCAAGGGUACUCAGGUUCACCUGUCGGAGAUUCGCCCGUGGUGUGACUCUGAGCACCGCUGGUACUUCUACGCACUGGACCGGAACGGUACCGUAUGUGCAUUCGUUGCCCUCGCCAUGCUCUCACCCGACCAUGGCAUGCAGGUCAAGUAUAGUCUGGACUUCCCGGGCUCGCCUAAUGGUGUGAUUGAAUACAUCGUCACCGAGGCCAUCCAAACCGCCGCGAAGAGUGGCGUUAAGGGUCUCACUUUCGGUGCUGGUGCUACCUCCCAGCUCAUCCCAGGCCACAACAUGCAUGGCACCAAGAUCAAGAUGCUGGAGCACACCUAUGAGGCGCUCGCCAAGCAAUUCCACCUUGUCCGCAAGAGUGAGUUCCGGGCCAAGCUGGGUGCUACCGAAGAUCCUCUAUAUAUCUCGUAUCCCGCCCACGGACUUGGAUCUAAGGGUAUCCGGGCUAUCUUGAACUUCUUUGAAGACUAA